AAAAAAAAAAAAAAAAUGGAAUGCCAACCGAAUUGCCCGAAGCUACCGUGGAUGAUCGACUUCAACAGCAACGACACCAAAACGGUGCUCGACAACCAGCACGAGGCCGCCUUCGCCGGCGACCAUCUCGACCAUCUCAGCAAGUUGCACGUCAAGUCGCGCCCGAACCGCUUCCGGUGCACCCAGCUCGCCUGCGUCGUCACCCCCAUCACCGAGAUCAACGCCAUGGUGGAGCUGCUCAACGGCGGCAUGACCGCCGCCCUGGUCAGCGCCCAGAAGGUCGACAAGUGCAAGGACGUGAUCGCCAAGUUGCGCACCAUCGCCGAGGGCUACAGCCGACGCAUCGGCAGGAUCUAUCCGCUCGGCAUCGGCAUCGAGAUCAAAGGACCCGAAAUCAGAAUCGGUUCCCUAAAGGGUUCGGCUAAGAAGAUAUUUAUGGAUAAAGGCAAAGAGACGAAAUUAACAACGCUACCGUCCUACGAGGAAUUCGUCUGCCAGGAUAUGAUCUACGUCGACUACGAGAAACUACCGGAAGUCGUCCAACCCGGUGAUAAAGUCAUCCUAGAUAACGGUUCGGUCACCCUAACAGCUCUGGAAUGCGUCGAAAGCAUCAUUAAGUGUAUAGUGGACAAAGCCGGUAUGCUGAUCAGCUACGCCUCGGUGACGGUGCCCAACGCCAUCGUGGACGUGCCGAAGAUCACCGAAGCCGAUAAGGAGCUGAUGAAGAUGGCGGCGGCCGAAUCGGUGGAUUUCCUCGUGGUGUCCGGCGUGCAGAACAAACAGAACGUCAUCGACAUCAAGGACAUGCUCGGCCUCGACGGCGAAAACGUCCACGUGCUGGCCAAAAUCGAGAACGUCGUCGCCGUGGAGCACAUCGACGAGAUCGUCAAGUUCUCCGACGGCGUGCUGGUCGAUUGCGAGAAACUGAUGCUCGAGAUGCCCAAGGAGAAGAUUUUUCUGAUACAACGGGCCGUUACCGCUAAAUGCAAUUUGGCAGGUAAACCAAUAAUAAUCACCGCUUCGAUAUCGAACUCCAAGUGCCUGACGAAGGCGGAGAUAUCGGACGUCAGCCACCUGGUGAUGGGCGGUUGCGAUGCGCUGCUGUUGCCGCGCCUCGCCCAAUCCAAGGAGAUCCUCAACAGCAUCAACGUGAUUUGCAAGGAAGCCGAACCGGCCACGCACCACCGGCAGGUCUUCCAGGAACUGCUCGCCCAUCUGCCCACCCCCAUGGAGCCCAUCUACUCGCUGGUGGUGGGCGUCGUGUUGGCGGCGUCCACUUGCAAAGCGGCCGCCAUUAUAUGUUUGACUUCCUCCGGAAGAACCGCGAAAAUCAUCUCCAGAUUCAAAUGUAGGUGUCCUAUAAUCGCUGUGACCAGAUACCCUAGAGUGGCUAGAAAUCUGUCGAUAAGCAGGUGCGUGGAGAGUUUGAUCUACCUGAAACCGUUCUGCGGUAAUUGGAUAGAAGACGUGAAUAAUAGGCUACAAUUAGGGGUUACUUAUGGAAAGUACAUAGGCUACAUAAGAAUGGGGGACGUGGUGGUGACGGUGUCACCAUCGAGGCCCGAAAGCGGCCUCGCUAACACCAUGAAGGUGGUCUACGCGUCGGAAUUCGACAGUCUACCGGCCACCAGCGAGAAGAAGUUCAGCAUACCGUUGUGCAUAAGUAAAUUGCGGAACAGAUAGAGAGAAUAAAACCGGUGAUUCAUAUUA